AUGCUGCUUCUCCUUCUGCUCGCAAGUGCUUUUCUCCUUGUUCCAGGGUCUGGGGCUGGAAGGAUCAUUGGCGGACGGGAAGCUAAGCCCCACUCCAGGCCCUACAUGGCCUAUUUAUCAAUUGGAAAUAAGUCAGAUAGCCCUCACUGUGGAGGGUUCCUACUUCGCCCAGAUGCAGUGCUCUCAGCAGCUCACUGUGUGGCUGGAAAAACGAAAGUGAAUAUCACUGUGACCCUGGGAGCCCACAACAUAAGUAAGAAAGAGCCGAGCCAGCAGGCAUUCCACAUUGGCCACUGGGUCAUCCACCCCAGCUAUUCAGGAGAUACCUUUGAAAAUGACAUCGUGCUGCUGAAGCUGAAGCCAAGGGCCAAGCUGACUAAGCAAGUGAGUUGUAUCCCCUUGCCCAGUCACAACAAGCAUGUGGAACCGGGAGCUAUGUGCACAGUGGCUGGCUGGGGCUGGACGUCGAUGACACAGGAUAAGACUAGUGUGCUGAUGGAAGUGGACCUGAAGGUGCAGAGUAAGGAAGUGUGUGAGACGACUUUGAAAAGGAACUAUCUGCAGCAGUCUAUGAUCUGCGCUGGUGAUGAGGAUAACAAAAAAGCAACUUACCGUGGUGAUUCUGGUGGCCCAUUAGUCUGCAAUGGGAAGGCUCGCGGCAUUGUUUCUUAUGGGCUCAAAUACAACAUCUUCCCUAAAGUAUUUACCAGAGUCUCCUAUUUUGAGCCCUGGAUACGUGAAGAGCUGAGGAAGUUUGCACUCCAAGACCUACCUGACUCUCCUUCCUCUGACUAA